UGCACACGAGGAACAAACAGGAAGAAGACACAACCAACAGCCAUGUCGGCAUACUGCGGAAAAUAUCACGAUGAGCUCAUUGCCAAUGCUGCUUACAUUGGCACUCCAGGAAAGGGGAUUCUUGCAGCUGAUGAGUCAACUGGCACCAUUGGCAAGCGCCUUGCCAGCAUCAAUAUAGAGAAUAUAGAGACGAAUCGACGUGGCCUCAGGGAACUCCUCUUUUGCACCCCUGGUGCUCUUCAAUACCUUAGUGGUGUCAUCCUGUUUGAGGAGACCCUUUACCAGCAGACUGCUAGCGGAAAACCAUUUGUUGAAGUCCUCAAGGAAGGUGGGGUUCUUCCUGGAAUUAAAGUGGAUAAGGGCACUGUGGAUCUUAAGGGAACUAAUGGUGAGACAACAACACAAGGCCAUGAUGACCUUGGUAAGCGAUGUGCCAAGUACUAUGAUGCUGGAGCUCGAUUUGCCAAGUGGCGUGCUGUUCUUAACAUUGGGCCUACCGAGCCAUCCCAACUAGCAAUCAAUGAGAAUGCGAAUGGUUUGGCUCGCUACGCUAUCAUCUGCCAGGAAAAUGGUCUUGUUCCGAUUGUGGAGCCAGAGAUACUUGUGGAUGGGCCGCAUGAUAUCAAUCGCUGCGCCCAAGUAACAGAGAGUGUGCUUGCUGCUUGCUACAAGGCACUGAAUGAUCACCAUGUACUGUUGGAAGGCACCCUCUUGAAGCCUAACAUGGUGACUCCUGGUUCGGAUGCAAAGAAGGUAGCACCAGAGGUUAUUGCAGAGUACACGGUGCGUACCCUGCAAAGAACCGUCCCUCCAGCAGUCCCGGCAAUUGUUUUCCUCUCUGGAGGGCAGAGUGAGGAGGAGGCAACUUUGAACCUGAAUGCCAUGAACCAACUCAAGGGGAAGAAACCAUGGUCACUCUCCUUCUCUUUUGGUCGUGCACUGCAGCAGAGCACGCUCAAGGCGUGGGCUGGGAAGGAGGAGAAUAUUGAAAAGGCAAGGACUGCAUUCCUCUGUAGGUGCAAGGCAAACUCUGAGGCCACACUUGGGACAUACAAGGGUGACGCCGCAAACGGAGAAGGUGUUUCGGAGAGCCUCCAUGUUAAGGACUACAAAUACUGAUAUCAUUUUUCGGUUGAUAUUUCUGCUCUGUUUAAGAGCAGAACUAGAUGGAAUGAAGUUCAGUUCGCAUAAGCCACCAAAUAGCUGUUUCUCUUUGGUUUUCCUUUUGCUUUCAGAGUAAAUUACAUUACCGUGCCGGUCAAGAGGGUUUUCCCUUGAAUAAGAGUUGUAGGGCACUAUCACCUCUCAGGAACUAAUCCUUUUGAGGUUGUCUGCUGUUAAUCAGACACAAAAGCUUAAUUUUGCCCCCCCUGAUGUGAAACUUGUUGUAAGCUAUUAAUAUUUUUAGUUUAUCUUUCCCUGUUGCUGUCUUCUCUUAUCAUUUUGUUGUUGAAUAAUCUGACAGCGACCUACCGGUUUGUUUCUAUCAGUGUAUGGCAUUUGUUUCCCAUAGGUUAUGAUUUAAAUUCGGUUGCUUCAGUUUCA